UUUAAUAUUAAAGUAUACAACUUACUGAUUUACUUUUACUACAUUGUACCUAUACUGUACGUCUGUAAGACAUUUCAAUUUUUUGACUAUUGUCUGUUAAAARUCGUUGCAAUUUACAGCGUACCUAUUUGUCUGUAGCACUGUGAGAACCUUGAUCUAUGAUUCAGAUACGAAUCAAUAUCAUGAUAAAUGUCUAUUCAGUAAUUGACGUGCAGUGACAGUGUAUUAGGUUAUUGAAGACGUMAAAAAUAACUAAUUUGUCUUUCAAAAUCUAUUUAGAUAACCGUUAUAGGUACGGUAAUUAUUUCGUGAUCAAUCUUAAAUUUUGUGCAAUAAUAAUGUUUGAAAUACAACUUCAAUGAUGAAAAAUAAAAACAUGUCAGCAGUGGACGAAGAAUCUUUAUUCUCGGACGAAGAACUGUUUGCCAAUGAUGCAAACGAUUGUGUUGUAAAAUUAACAAGUUCAGUCAGUUAUGAAGACGAGUACCAGUCUUUAUUAUUUCAAAAUAGAGAUCGUAUAAUAUCUAAAUUAAAAAAUGAAUUAUCCAAUGUCUUACCUCCUCCACCAACAGUAACUACUUGUCGACUGAGUGUAAAUGAUAUACUAGAUAGAUGGUAUCAACACGAAAAAUCAAAUUUUCUAACGAAGAAACCGGAAACAAAAUUGUUAAAAAAUAUUGACCGUGCAAUUAAUUGGUCAUGGCCAGAAGUAUCUAAUGUUCAGUGUUUUGAUGUUUACUAUAACAUUGAUAACAAAUCGGCUGAAAUGGCAUUGUUGGAAACUAAGUAUCAACAAAGGUAUGUUUCAAACGAGACAAAAUCGCUUAUGAACACAGGAUUGACGCCACAGCCUAAAAAAGAACGGGGAUUAGUCAUUCAACAAGUUAAGACUGUUGAACAAAGUAUACGGUUAAUUCGAAGAAAACCAGUCUCAAAACCUCAAAUAUUAGCAGAGACUAAAGCAAAAUUAGCUCUUAUUGAAAACAAACGUCGAAUUUUAGUGCCAGGAAAACUAAAAAGGGAAAAUAUAAAACCACUUGAGAAAAGUUAUCUUGAAAACCGAAAUGGCAAUGACAGAAGAUCAAUUAGUCAUAAAAGAGCAUUAUUUCAAAGUCCUGAAAUGUAUUAUUCUAGAAAACGUGUGUGUUAUAGUCAAAAUCCAAAUUCUGAAGAGUCAUCUCCUCUUAGUGCUCUUUCAAUUUGUAGCGAUACAUCAAAUACUACACCAGUUAAAAGAUGGAGUGCUGCUCCUUUAAGUGCAAAAUUAUUUGGUGAUGACAAAGAGGACAUACAGAAAUCAAAUAUUACUAGAACAGAACCAGUCAAAAAAUGUCAAAGAGUAUUGAAAUUUUUUAAUAAUUCAGAAUCAGCAACUCCAAAAAAUUUAUUUGAUACAAAACCAAAUCAAAAAGAACUCAGUAAACUUCAUAAACAGAAAUUACUAUGGGCUGUUUCGGAAGUGUUAAAAGAUUGUGGUAUCGAUAGCCAUCACAAGCARUUUCGACAAUUUCUUCAACAAUUAUUCAAAGUAUGUUCUAAACAAUGGUUGCAGAAGACAAGUUCUGAAAUAAAAACUAGCACUAGUGAAGCGAUGCGUGCUCUAGUGAUGAAGCACAAAAGUACAGUAUUACAAUUGAAAUCAAAUUCCCCGAAACAUAAGGAUAAUGUUGCUAUAUCUAAACAAAAGUCUGUGGCAGAUGUAAAAAAAGUAUUAUUUAUAGAUACUUCACCAAAAACUGAUUGUAAGCUUGAAAAAUUUAGUUCAGACUCAAAAUCAAAAAGUUCAACCAUUGAAAAUGUAGUUAUCAGUGAAGGAAUCAAUGAUUUUGCAUUAUAUCUAGAUAUUAAAAAAUUACCUUGUAACAAAAAUACUGAAGACCUACCAAGUAGGCCAAUUUCUUCUACUUCUGACUAUUGUUCUAACCUGGAUAUUGAUUCCAAAGAUUCAGAAGGAAUCUUUGCUGGUUAAUGUUUAUACUUUAUAUUCAAUAAUUAGGUAAAUGUAUUUUUCUUUAUUGACUACUGAAACAAUAGUACUAUUUUUCAGUCAGAAAAAAUUUAAAUGUUACUAUCCAUUUUCUUUUCUUUUGUUUUAUUUUCAUUAAUUUAUGGUUUAAUUAAU